AGUUUUCUUUCAGCGUUCGCUUUUCAUGCACGAAAAUUCAAGCUGCCUGGCUGAAAAUCCGGUGACGUCAACGCCGUUGGUCCAAUGGCUUUCCAGUCGAUCUAUUGAUUUUUCGGUGUUUGAAGGAAGAUGUUCGGACAGUGAAAACAUAUGGCGUGAAAUAGAGAUUCUUCGACAAUAUGAAAAUUAUUUAUUUGUGCAUUGUCAUUGUCGUGUCAUGUAGUGUUUGUGCUUCCGGCGAUCUGGAAAUUUAUCCUGGUCUGAAAUUCGACUUCAGCGAUGAAGACUCUAGGAACAGACUCCGGGAAUACGAAAGCAGAGAAUACUUCCCCUUCCAGAACGCCAACCUAGAAGAUUUAGAAGAACUGGAAGCUAGGAGGGGCCUCCCGGAAUACGACCCCUUCCCGGAGAGAGACCCCUACACAGAAAGGAUCACUCCUAAACGUCAUUAUAGGGAAGAUGUCGAUUGGAAACAGUACAAGGUGCGCAACUAUCACAAGAACCGCCAACACCACGACGUGUUUCGACCGAAAUACAUCAUCGACAAAGACGGCUUUCCCGUGCUGAGCGAACCCAAGAUGUACCAUCCGAGACCUGAUUUCGAGUAUCAGAAUGGAAACGAGGAAUUGGAUAUCGAUGGAAAAGACGGCAUGGACUUGUUUCCGGAAAAACUGUUCAGGAACGCUCAAAAAAAUCUGCUGGAAUUACAAUCGAUAGAUGCUCUGCGGUCGGAUGGUGACGAAAAUGGACCCGAUGGGGAAAAUGAUGAGCAUCACGUGAUCCAUCAGGAUGUCGAGAAUGAAGGCGAGCAGGUGUCUCCAGGGCGUUUCAAGGACGUGAAAACCGCGGAAAAUCCGACGGAAUUUGCGUAUGUCCCACCGGACCCGAGAUUCUACAGAAGCAAUGGAGCAAACGAAAAAGACUCUGCACCAAACCGAGAACCCGAGCCGACCCCGCCCCCAGACACGCCCUUGCAGGCGGACCGGCGCAGCGAGCUGCGAUUCGACGAGACGUCCGAUCACACCUCCGAUGGCCCCGCCUCCGCCCUGACAGGGCGGGGCGUGGAGCUGGUGGCGAUCCAGCCCAGCGAGACGAACGUCGACACGGCCGAAGUGUACGUGAUCGCGGUGGUUGCGGGGAUCAGCGCAGCGGCCACGGUGGGGCUCAUCGCCGUCGGGAUCGGAUGGUAUAAUUUACGGAAGCAUGUGAAAAAUGCACAAGAUGUCGAUUAUCCUGCCUACGGUAUUACUGGACCAAAUAAAGAUUUGUCACCUUCUGGAGACAGGCGUUUGGCUCAGUCCGCUCAAAUGUAUCAUUAUCAGCACCAGAAACAACAAAUCAUCGCCAUGGAAAGAGCUCCGCCUGGAGAAAGAAAUGGUUCAGUGUCAGAUGGGGAAAGUGAUGAGGAAAAUGAAGAAGGAGAUUAUACUGUUUAUGAAUGUCCCGGUUUGGCACCGACAGGAGAAAUGGAGGUGAAGAACCCGUUAUUCCAAGACGACCCCACCCCAGCGCAAACGCCAGCGGCAAAAACCACCACAGACGGAAAGAACUGAAAGAAUAUCAUAAAUCAUAUUUUCGUUUUGCAUUCGAAAUUUUAUUGAUCGUUUCUAGCCGAAAUAGUUUAUGUGAUGGAAUGAGAUGAGAGUACCUAUAUGAUGAUAAAUCAAUAUAUUUAUUUAACCUGUCAAUUUCUGACAUACGAUAAUUAUAUCAGAAAAUGUAUAGUGGGAUUGUUGAGUAUUUUGAGAUGUGAGGAAAGCUACAUUCAAAUUAAAUGGAUGCAACCCUU